AUGACGGUAGAUAUAACCUGGAGAAUGGGAGUCAGGGCGGUCAAAAUAGAUCGUUCGGGGUGCCCUGGGAUCUGUGGCCCGCAGGCCGCGACCACAUCAACCCUGUCUUUCUCAAGCUUCCGAAAUUCAUUUACCACCAAUGUCAAUUACUUGAAAAGAAGAUUCAGCUCGGGAGACCUGCAGUCCGAGUGCGAUGAAGGCGAGGUGGACCCCUACACCGGCCAGCCGGCGACCACCAGUCAGCCCAAGCCGCAGAAUCAAAGGCCGGUCUCCCAGGCGACGGGAGGCAGCAUCGGUAGCGCGUCUACGUCGUCGGUCCCACCAGCACCCAGCGCUGGCAGUGCAGGAGUCGGAAGUGACCUAUCCCUGAACCUACGGGGUGGUUCCCGUGGGACGUCAGCACCAUCCUCACCGGCCAAGUCACGAGAAUCGCUGCUGCAACGCGUACAAUCGCUUACUGGUGCCGCUCGUGACCAAGGAGCUAAUUUAUUAGGAAGUGUCACGUCAGUAGCUUCGGUCGGACGAGGCUACAAUCGGGACCGCUGCGUGACGCUGUUGGUGGUAGACGAUCAAAACACCGACUGGUCCAAAUACUUCCGUGGUCGUCGAUUGCCCGGCGAAUGGGACAUCCGUGUUGAACAGGCUGAGUUUAAGGAGCUUUCGGUGACGGCGAGCGGUGAGGGAUCUAAUGUGUCAAUGGCGGUCUACCGUGGUGGAACUAAAGUUACUCGGUGCUACAAGCCUGAUUUUGUGCUGGUGCGGCAAAAUGUACGAGAUGCCGGUGCGGACUACCGAGCGCUCCUUCUCGGCUUGAAGUUCGGUGGUGUGCCUUCCAUUAAUAGCCUCAACUCCAUCUACCACUUUCAGGACCGGCCGUGGGUGUUUGGGCAUUUACUUCAACUACAGCGACGCCUCGGCAGGGAGAACUUCCCACUUAUCGAGCAAACCUACUACCACAACUAUGCUGAUAUGUCCUGGUACGAGCUUACAACAUUUAAAUGA